AUGACGCAAAACCAUCAAAUCUACUUGUUCGGGGACCAAACAUAUGAUAUCGAUGCUCCCUUGCGAGCGCUCCUGCUCCAUACGGACCCAAUACUGACGUGUUUCUUUGAAAGAACCUUUCAGCUUCUACGACUUGAGAUUAGCCAGCUGCCUGGUCAGGUUCGGUAUGGAUUCCCUCGAUUCUCCAGUAUCGCCGACUUGGUUUCUCGGCGACGGGACACCAGACUUCAUUCUAGUCUUGAAAUGUCUCUCGUCCUAAUCUAUCAGCUGGCAUCUUUCAUUCGGAUUCAUUCAGAAGGGGGACUGGUGUAUCCUACUGCGUGUGAUACUCACCUCCUGGGCCUCUGCACUGGAGCCUUUGCUGCUGCUGCCAUCAGUUGCUCACGCUCCUUGGCCGAGCUGCUUCCAGCCGCUGUACAAACGGUACUGGUAGCUUUCCGAACCAGUCUUUGUGCCGGCAGAAUUGGACACUGUAUUGAGCCAACGACAACUGGCUCCAGGGAAUGGUCGCUGCUGGUUUCUGGAAUGGAAACUCAAGAAAUCCAAGAUGCCUUGAGAGAAUUCUCUGCCACAAAGCCUUAUAUCAGCGCGCAUGCUCCCAACGGGUUGACUGUCAGCGGUCCUCCUUCUAUUCUGGAUGAGCUGCGCCAGUCUCCCGCAUUCGCGCGUGUAGCCUGCAAAUCAAUUCCGAUACAUGCGCCCUAUCAUUCUCCCGUGCUUUUCACGAAUGCUGAUGUUGAAGAGAUUGUUGCAUCAACCAUUAGCGACCACUGGGCGUCCUAUCGUGUUCAAUUACCUGUGAUUUCAGGCGCCACUGGGCGCUUGAUAUGGGCUGGCAACUUCCGUGCCCUGCUACUGUCUGCAAUUGAAGACGUGCUUCUUCAACCAAUCCAUUGGCUGAAUAUUCAGGAUGGUUUUAAUACGAUUUUUCCGUGGACCUCCAUGGUUAACUAUGAGAUCAUUCCGAUUGCGACCCAGGCUGAUUCUAUCCUGUCACGAAUCAUGCAACAACCGACAACGAACCCCAUUCCUGCCCUGUUAGAGAAGCAGCAGCGUCCACCGACUCCUAAUAACAAAGCCAAAAUUGCCAUCGUCGGCAUGUCUGGUCGUUUCCCAGGUGCUGACAAUACCGAGGCCCUUUGGGAGCUACUUUCACAAGGGUUGGAUUUGUGCAAGGAGGUUCCUGCCAGUCGAUGGAGCGUCAACACGCAUGUCGAUCCUACAGGGAAGCGCAAAAACACGAGCAAAAUUCCCUGGGGAUGUUGGCUAGACAACCCCGACCUAUUCGAUGCACGCUUCUUCAACAUGUCCCCCCGGGAAGCCCCGCAAGUUGACCCCGCGCAACGCAUCGCUUUGCUUACUGCAUAUGAAGCCAUCGAACAGGCUGGCAUUGUUCCCGGUCGUACCCCUUCUACACAGCAAGACCGUGUUGGUGUCUUCUUUGGUACUACUAGUAAUGACUGGUGCGAGACCAAUAGUGGGCAAGACAUUGAUACCUACUAUAUCCCCGGAGCUAAUCGUGCGUUCAUCCCCGGGCGAAUCAACUAUGUCUUCAAAUUUAGCGGACCGAGCUACAGCAUCGACACUGCAUGUAGCUCCAGCUUGUCGGCUAUUCACGUGGCAUGCAACUCUCUUUGGCAGGGAGACAUUGACACCGCCAUUGCUGGUGGUACUAACUGUCUAACAAAUCCCGACAUGACCGCCGGAUUGGACCGUGGCCACUUCCUAUCACCAACUGGUAACUGCAAGACUUUCGACGAAAUGGCAGAUGGAUAUUGUCGCGGCGAGGGCGUGGCUACUGUUGUACUCAAGCGACUGGAUGAUGCCUUAGCUGACCACGACCCUAUUUUGGGAGUGAUUCUGGAUGCAUAUACCAACCACUCGGCAGAGGCAGAGUCCAUUACACGGCCUCACAUCGGCGCACAGAAAGCCAUCUUCGAGCGUAUAUUGAACCGUUCUGGCGUGCAUCCGUACGACGUUUCUUACAUUGAGAUGCACGGCACCGGCACUCAGGCAGGAGACUCACGCGAGAUGGCUUCUGUGCUAGAUACAUUCGCGCCGUAUUCAACGGGUCAUCAAAAGCGCAGCAAUGGACAUCCUCUAUACCUAGGCGCAAUCAAGCCUAACAUUGGACAUGGCGAGUCUGUGUCAGGAGUGACUGCGUUGGUAAAGACGCUCCUGAUGAUGCAGAAGAACAUGAUCCCGCCCCAUUGCGGGGUCAAGACACGCCUGAAUCAAAAAUUCCCAACAGACCUUGCGCAGCGCAAUGUGCAUAUCGCCUUUCAGGCCAGUGAAUGGCUACGGCCGCAAGGUCAGCAAGCCAGGCGCGCCUUUAUCAACAAUUUCAGCGCUGCCGGGGGUAACAGCUCCAUCUUAGUAGAGGAUGCGCCUGCUCCCACUCCGCUCAAUUCCAGCGACCCUCGUUCCUCUCACGUGGUCACUCUCUCGGCCAAAUGCCCUUCUUCGCUCAAAAGCAAUGUUGAAUCGCUUUUGAAAUAUCUGAGGAGUCUGUCAAGUGGAGACGAUCUAGCAGCGACCCUUCCCCAACUUUCAUAUACAACGACAGCCCGACGAAUCCAUCAUCUGCAUCGCCUUGUAGUGACCGGUUCAACUAUGGUGGAGAUUGCCUCCAAUUUGCAAGUGGUCUUAGAGGAAGGAUUUACAUCUCCCCGCUCAGGGCCAUGCCCCAAGGUCGUCUUUACGUUCACCGGUCAAGGUGCACAAUACCCUGGAAUGGGUCAACAAUUGUUUAAUACGCUAUCGCUGUUCAGGUCUGAAUUACGUCGCUUUGACCAACUUGCCCAAUCUCUGGGUCUCCCAUCAUUUUUACCCAUCUUCCUGGACGGGACAGGAAGUCAACUGGAUGAUUUCACUCCCACGGUUGUCCAACUAGCCAAUACCUGCAUGCAGAUUGCGCUAACACGCGUUUGGGGGUCAUGGGGUAUCAAGCCUUCAGCUGUGGUUGGCCACAGCCUCGGCGAAUAUGCCGCACUCAAUAUCGCAGGAGUGCUGUCGGACGCGGACACUAUCUUCUUGGUUGGCCGUCGGGCGCAGCUGCUUGAGGAAAAGUGCCACAGGGGAACUCAUGCAAUGCUUGCCAUACUAGCUUCGUCAGAACUGGUCCGUCCUGCUCUACAGGACAGCGCAGUUGAAAUCGCAUGUAUCAACGCGCCUGGGGAAACGGUGGUUGCUGGGCCACGUGCACAAAUUGCAGCUAUGCGGAAGACCUUGACAGCACAGAAUGUCAAAUGCACCCUACUACAGGUGCCUUUCGCAUUUCACUCUUCGCAGGUGGAUCCGAUUCUGAAGGACUUCGAAUUGUCCGCGAAAGGGGUCACCUUCCGCGCACCGUCUAUCCCUGUGAUCAGUCCACUAUUGGGUACAGUUAUCUCAGACUUAGGCACUUUUAGCCCGGAAUAUCUGACAGGGCAUUGCCGUAAACCCGUCAAUAUGCUACGAGGCCUGACAGCAGCGUUUGCUGAAAGCAUUAUCACGCCAAAGAGCAUUGUGAUAGAGUUUGGACCUCAUCCAGUGGUAUUCGGCAUGGUGAAAUCGUGUCUAGGCAAUGAAAUCACCUGCCUGUCUACCCUUCGCCGCAACAAAGACCCCUGGAAAAUCCUAGCGGACAGUAUUGCUACCCUGUACAGAUCUGGUGCAGAUAUCGAUUGGUCCGAAUACCAUCGCGAUUUCAGUGCGGCGCAGCGCGUGCUACCUCUGCCAUCGUAUUCAUGGGACUUAAAGUCGUACUGGAUUCCAUACAAGAACGAUUGGACCCUGUACAAGGGUGAGCAUGUCUGCGAUGGAGAUGCUGCUCCCGCAAAAACCGUCCAAGCUCCUCCCCUUCCUGCGCCAACGACAACCACGCUACAUCGGCUGGUGGAAGAGAAAUCUGAUUCGGAAAAAUUUGUAGUCGUCUACGAAUCUGAUGUUUCGCGCCCGGACUUGAAUCCUCUCGUUCAGGGCCACAAGGUGGAAGGCUUAGGAUUGUAUACCCCAUCGGUUUACGCUGACAUAGGGUUUACAUUGGGCAACUAUUUCCUUGAUCGAUUCUCUCAGCAGCUUAAAGGAAAAGACGGUGACAAAUUCGUCGAUAUCAUCAACAUGGUGAUUGAAAAGGCCUUGAUAGCAGAGAACGCUGGUCCCCAGUUCUUGCGUGUCGCUGCCGAAUUGGAUUGGUCCUCUAAAGAGGCUGCUGUAAGAUAUUACAGUGUCGAUUCAAACCACGUCGAGUCUAUACAACAUGCCCACUGCCGCAUCCGCUUCAGCGACAAAUCCACCUUUGACAGUCUUGCCAAAGAAAUGUCCACCGUUCAAGCCCAUAUGAAAACCAUGCGCGACAACUCCUGCAAAGGGGCAAUUUUCCGGUUUAAUGGCCCAAUGGCGUACAACAUGGUCCAGGCUUUGGCCGAAUUCCAUCCCGAUUAUCGGUGUAUCGAUGAAACGAUCCUUGACAACGAGACACUAGAAGCCGCGUGUACCGUCAGCUUCGGCGAUGUCAAGAAGGGCGGGACUUUUCACACGCACCCUGGAUUUAUUGAUGGAUUGACACAGUCAGGUGGCUUUGUCAUGAACGCCAACACCAAAACGAAUUUGGCGGCGGAAGUUUUCGUGAACCACGGGUGGGAUUCGUUCCAGCUAUAUGAGUCUGUCACGGACGAUCGACCCUACCAAACUUAUGUCCAGAUGACGCCUGGCGAGGCAAAACAGUGGAAGGGCAACGUAGUCAUCCUCAGUGGUGAUCGACUAGUUGGAAGUGUCGGGGGGUUGACAUUGCAAGGUGUACCGCGAAGAAUCUUGCGGUACAUCCUAAAAGGCAGUGCAAAGCCUAGCAAAGAAAGCCGGACAGAUGCUGUUCCACACAAAGCUCCUGCUCGGAUCAUGGACAGAAACAUCUCGGAAAGAAAGAAUACGCCUCCCAAUCCCCCAAAGGCCUCCUCUGUAGCGUCUGCGGCAAGGCCCAUUCCUCCUACCACGCCUCAAGCCCAUGAUUCUACAACAGAAUCUCGAUCUGAUCAAUUGGCCCACGCUCUCCGGAUAAUCUCCGAUCAGAGCAAUGUUCCCAUGAUCGAAUUGAUUGACGAUGCGGUCUUUGCAGACCUUGGAGUUGACUCUCUUCUGGCAUUGACCAUCACCUCUGCUUUCAGCGAAGAGCUUGAUCUGGAUUUGGAUUCCUCCUUCUUUAUUGAUCAUCCAACGGUGGCAGAUCUCAAGGAAUAUUUUGGCAGUUUCAUUCGGAGCCCACCGGACACUCAAAUAGUAAUUGAUCCCGCUGAGGCUCGGCCCACUCUUAUGCCCCAAGUCGAGUCUUCCAGCAGGGGACAACAGCUAGUGACACUUCCGCCGACAGACAAUAGUGUUUUCACUGAUAUGGUCAGGCAACAACUGCACACCACGACCAGCACAGCCCAUGAUGACAUUUUUCAAUCAGCUCUCCGCAUUAUCGCAGACGAAAGCGGGGUCAGCCCUACUGACUUGACUGGGGAGACCGCGUUCGCGGAUAUUGGUAUUGACUCUCUGCUGGCACUGAUCAUCGGCAGUAGGCUGAGUGAAGAGCUUACGCUGGACAUCGACGCAGGGUCCUUCUUCCAGGACUGUGUGACCGUGCCAGAUCUGCGGAACUUUCUUCAGGGCAAAGGCAGUGAGACACCUUCUCCACUAGUAAGGGCGGAAGCAAAAGCUAGCGCUACACAAACCACCCUUGUUUCUGUGUCUUCCGAGAGACCUGCCCUUGGUCCAGUCACGGAAAUUUUACCUGAGCCGAAAGAACUCCAAACUCUAACCCAUUCACAACCAUCCCCUCUGGUUGUAGCCCCAACACAAAGGUUGUGCCCGGCAAAUGAGCCAGGUCCCUCAUUCCUACAGGUUCUAGAGGUGAUCAGCAAAGAAAGCGGCGUGGAAGUCAGCGAUCUUUCUGAUGAGACGGUGUUCGCAGAUAUCGGCGUCGAUUCUCUGCUUGCUUUGGUAAUUGGGAGCCGAAUUCGAGAGGAACUUCUAUGGGAGCUGGACGUCGAAUCAAUGCUGAUCAGUCAUCCCACGGUUAAAGAUUUGAAAUUGCAUAUGCAAGGAACACAGGCGGCGUUACAGCCUGACCAGAACCUCUUCACCUCGCCCAUUUCCAGUUACUCGUCCGCAUUUGAUUCGAGUGACAGCUUCAGUUCAACCGCUGGGACACCUGGCUCCGAGCCAUCUGCUUACGAGCUUAAAUCCAGCAUUCCAAGUGCCUCGUCCGUUGUUCUGCAAGGCUCGCCCCGAAACGCUGGGAAGAUUUUGUUCCUGUUUCCGGAUGGCUCGGGGUCAGCCACCUCCUACACCUCUCUGCCACGCAUCGCGGCCGACCUUACCGUCAUUGGUCUUAACUCACCGUUCCUUAAGAACGGCUCUGAGAUGCGCUGCACUAUAGACGAGCUCGUGGGGAGUUAUUUGGAAGAGGUCUGUACCCGCCAGGCCACAGGGCCUUAUCACCUUGCAGGCUGGUCCGCAGGUGGCAUUCUGGCUUAUCGGGCCGCUCAAAUGCUCGUUGCUCGCGGUGAUCAAGUUCCAUGCUUAGCCCUAUUGGACGCGCCUCCACCAAUGGGGCUGGGGAAGCUCCCGCAGCACUUUUUCGAUCAUUGUGAUGCGAUGGGCAUAUUCGGGCAAGGGGGAAAAGCACCUGAAUGGUUGAUUCCACAUUUUAAGGGAACCAACGCUGUUCUCAGUGGGUACUACGCGACGCCCUUUGCGACGGGUCAGGCACCCACCAGAACGGGAAUUAUCUGGGCAAGUCAGAGCGUCUUUGAUACAAAGGGAUGUGCUCGACCAGAACUACAUCCUGACGACACGGAGGAUAUGAAGUUCCUCACAGAGACACGAACUGAUUUCUCAGCGGGGAUUUGGGGGUUAUUGUUCCCCGGGGCUCAGGUGGUUUUGGAUAAAGUGGAAGGGGCGGAUCAUUUCUCCAUGAUGGUAAGCUCAUCCUUCACAUUGUUCUAUUGGUUUAUGACUGUACUAACCGAGGAGUAG